GACGCGCGGACUGGCCGGCGCCAAAUUCCUUCCUCUCGUACUCAAGGUCCGUCCCCAAACCUGAACGAGGUCCCUUCAAAACCUCCAGUGGGCCAAGCCAGAAACUGGGGUAUCAUCCUUCACCCCAUCCCAACCCUCAUCCCCACAUCAAUACUUCAAGUCCUAGCCGUUUUUUUACCUCCUAAAGAACUCUGAAGUCUUCACGUGCCUCGCCGUCGCAACUCCCACCACCCUUCCGUGAUACUUACAGCAGCCUCCUAACGGGACAUCAGCAUCUAUGCUUGCCACCCUCAAGCUCCUCCAUACAUCAGUUAGAUGCUUCUUUUAAAAACAGAGACCAGUGGUGGUGGCGGAAUUAUAUUGAUACCAAAGUCCUUCCUGUGACCUAUAAAGUUCAGCCAGGUCUAACCUCUGCCUACUUUCAACCUUAUCAGCUUACUCAUCUCAGCCAAACUGACCCCUUUUCAGUUCUUGGAACAAUAUACCAGGCCCUUUUCUGUCUCAAGGCCUUUGGGUCCCUUUUGGUAUUUUGUUUUUGACAGCCUGUUUACAGAGUAUUAAUCACCCUGUCUAAUUUGUUGGCUCGUUUAUUAUUUCUCCAACUAGAUUUUAAGUUUACGGGAACCUAGACCCUCUUUGUCAUCACUGAAAACUCAGAUGCCUGUGUAGUAUUUGGCAUACAGUAGAUGCUCAGUAUUUAUUGAAUAAGUGAAUGAAUUUUAGUUCAUUUAUUCAUUCAGCAAGGAUUGGGCAUCCCCUGUGUUGUAUUGUCUAUGUGUACAUAUACAGUUAACAAAGCACACACCCCUGGGUAUACCAUUUAUUCAUUGUGUACUUUAUGCCAAGAAACCGUGCAUAAAGUCCCUUUCUCUGAAGUGUUCACAGCCCAUGAAGGGGACAUGAGGCACAAAAGAAACCCUUAAGCCUGCCACAGGAAGCCAGAAAGAGCUAACUUCCCAAAGGCAGUGACAGGAGCAGAAAUCUGAAGGGAGUGGAGGACCUGGGGAGGGUAUGCAAGGCAGAGAAAUAGAUUGUGCAAAAUCUUGGCAGUCUUAAAAAGUCAUGUUAUGCUAGCUGCUGUUAAGAGUUCAGGUUGCAUGGGAGAAUGACUGGCUGAGAGGUUUAAAUAUUGUCUUUGAAAUAGCCCUAUAAGAAAGCAGGAUAGACGUUAUUCACAUUUUUUUCAGGUGAGAAACUAAUGAUGUUUAGGUCCUUUGUAGAGUAAGUGGCAGGGCUGGUAUUAAGCCCAGUCCUGGUUCCUACUUUCCACUCUACUGCAGUGUCGGCACUUACUAGUCAUAUUAGUGUGAAUGAUAAUGGAGGGCUCACAGGUAAAGUAGGCAGGGCAGGGCUUAAGAUUUGCUUUCCGGCAACUGUGUGUUGCCAUCUUUUCCUGUCCUGGGCUCCAGAUCCAGCAGUUCCUGUGGUUAGCCCAGCGGGGGACAGAGGAAAAGGAGAGAGAGGGAGCUCUGGUUAAACUUCGCAGAGGCUUGCAGCAGCCAGAGACACAGCAGACCUUCAUCAAGCUGGAGGGCAGCAUGCGGACCCUGGUCGGGCUCCUGACCAGCAACCACGCCCUGUUGCAGCUUGAGGCGGCUCGAUGCCUUCAUGAGCUCUCUCAUUCCGAGCAGUCUGCGGUGGCCGAGGCCUGCCUGCCAGCUACUUCCUACCUUCUCACCUACCUCUCCGGUCACAGCUCAGACCUUAUAGAGCUCUGUCUGUAUACACUGGGUAACCUGAUUGUGGAGAGUGAAGCUGGGAGAAGGCAGCUCCUGCCACAGGGCAUUGUUCCAGCCUUGGCUAACUGCAUCCAGUCCCCCCAUCUGACUGUGCUAGAAGCUCUUGGGUACGCCUUGUCCCAGCUCCUGCAAGCUAAAGAAGCUCCAAAGAAGAUCAUCCCUUCCGUCCUGGCCUCCUCUCUUCCCCAGCACAUGCUGAGACUCUUGCAACCUGGCCCAAAGCUGAACUCUGGGGUCGCUGUGGAGUUUGCCUGGUGUCUUCACUACAUCAUCUGCAGCCAGGUCAACAAUGCCUUGCUCAUCACCCAUGGGGCUGUCUCCACUCUGGGGCUGCUACUGCUCCACUUGGCUGGGACUGUCCAGAGAUCUGAGGAUGCAGGACUGGAGCUGCUGGUGUGCCCUGUGCUUCGGUGUCUAAGCAACUUGCUAACAGAGGCAGCUGUGGAGGCUGGAGGAGGGCAAGUGCAGCUCAGAGAUGAGCGUAUUGUGGUAUCUGUAUUUAUCCUUCUGCAGUUCUUCCUCCAGAAACAGCCCAGCCUGCUUCCUGAGGGCCUCUGGCUCCUUAACAACCUCACUGCAAACAGUCCUAGCUUUUGUACCUCCUUGCUCUCCCUGGAUCUGAUCGAGCCUCUCUUGCAGUUGUUGCCAGUAUCUAACGUGGUGAGCGUAUUGGUGCUCACAGUUCUGUGCAACAUCGCAGAGAAGGGUCCUGCUUAUUGCUGGCAUCUGUGGCCAGGGCCCCUGCUCCCCUCCUUGCUGGACACAUUGGCCUUCUCUGACACUGAAGUAGUAGGCCAGAGUUUGGAGCUGCUGCAACUGCUGUUCCUCUAUCGGCCAGAGGCUGCCCAGGCCUUCCUGCAGCAAUCAGGGCUGCAGGCCCUUAAAAAGCACGAGGAGGAAGCACAGCUCCAGGAUCGAGUGCAUGCUCUCCAGCAGACAGCUCUUCAUAGGUGACCUUGCUUCUCAGUGUCACUCCAUUACCCUACACCUCUCUCCAGCUCCCCAGCUUCUGUGCCCAUGGAGACCCUUAAUGAAGCCUCGUGUUCCCUGAUCCCACACCUAAGCCUAAACCAAGACCUUUGGACUCCAACUCUCCUUUUACUCAGCACUGUCCAGGCAGGAACAGAAGGAAGUGGGUGUGGUCCACUUACUCUGGGGCGCUGGAAUCUCUCUUCCUCUUUUUGCUUUAUUUUGCUUUAGUAGCUGGUGGCUUUUGAUGAGACAGAAUAAAGUUUUAUUUUUAUAUUAAA